AUGGAGUUCUUCGGGGUCGUGCGGUUCUACUUCCACGGACCAGACGACAAGUACCAUUCCAAAUGCGUGCGUAUUUCGAGUUUUGCCACGGCGCGACAUCUUGUGAACGUUCUCGUUGAGAAGUUUCAUCCUGACCUUCGUCAACUCAAAGCGGGGAAGUACGCCCUUUACGAAUACCAUCCCAGCAGUGGAGGUAAGGUUAACUCGUCGUUUUAUUUGCAACUCCAUGCUACACCCAGUCCUGACAUUGAACUAGAAGCAGCAGCUUGGUAA